UUUGGAUGUAGUGCAGGUUUCCACCAAAGUAUAUUCAUCUAUAUCUACACUGUACGACAUAUAUAUCCCAAACCAAAAUUUUACGUACAAAACAGAAAAUCACAUGGCUUCAUUACCCUAUUUUAAAGUUCAAACUUGGGAACGUCCACAUUAAAGAGAGCCUUCCAAGCAGCGCUCUUUGAUGCCAACAUCGGCGAUUCACGAAGACUGCGCGACAACAACACGGGCGCUGGGCCUUGACCAGUAGCAAUAUCCUCGGAUCGAGACACAGUUGGUGAUCUCUUUAUGCCACGGUAGUUGCACUUGGCGCCGUUGAAUGCCGAGCGAGCAGCAGCUUUCCAGACCUCCUGGAUAUCCUUGAGCAUAGGUUCGGUCCAGUACAGACGGCAUUCCGAGUAUGUAGCGACAAACUGGGAUGGGACGCCGUCUACUCUGUGCUCGGGGACAAUUUGGUCGCGCGUAUUAGAGCGGCCGUUGCCGCGGAAGAGCUUCAGGUCCUUCAGGCUAGAGAGUCUUGCCUUGAUGUUGUUGUCGGUGGCCACCUCGAUAGCACGUUUAGCAUAGUCUUAUAUGUCGCUAUAACCGUAGACUUGGGUUCCUCGGAUACCACCAACGCCCUGCUGUGGACCAGCCCGGGGACGGCCGCCCAUCACGACUGACUUGGCAUUGCCAGUGAUACGGAAGAGCUCGGACGCAACGGUGCAUGUGGACGAGCAGUAUCCGUCGUAGAUAAUAACGAGAUCCUCGGAGCUGCAGUGCUGAGUGAUGUUCUUGCGGUUUCCGUAGCCGGUGGUGUUGACGCCUAGUCCAUGGUCAGGACUAGAGAUGAGCGAGUCGUUAAAGUCCCACGCCAUCAAGUUGGUGUACGGUGUGUUCUUGUAGAUGUGGGACCCAAACUUGUCCUCGUAGGAAACAAAGGGCUGGAGGCUCGAGUUGGAAUCAGUACGCCAGUUCAGAGUAAGGGCGUAAUCGUCAACCUUGUCAACGUCCGCGCCGGGAGCGUACGGGUCGAAUCCUUCGAGACUGUCACUGAUGGCUCGAGUGAUAUCAACAUAUGUAUCCGAAUUCUUCCAGCAGGUCACAGCGCUUUCCUGUGUCUGUGGGAAGAAUUGACGAAAAAGAUCGUGGCCGAGAGAAAUGAUACCGCCGCGGUUGCUCUGCAAAUCAAUGACAAUCUUUGUCUUGCCAGCGUGUUUGGCAGUAGCGAGGAAAUCUUGGAUCACUGCUUGGAAUUGCGGCAUGCUGUUGGGAAUGAAGCCACGUACAGCAAGAACACCCCUGGCACCAAGUCAGCAUCAUAUCCGCGAAUCUAAAUAUGGCUGCAGAUCAAAUAAUAAAACGUUUAAGCCAAUGGGACGCCACAGCAUUGUUGGAGAAAUUACGCGGGGUGGCACCCGCCUUAAGCUAGUCCCAAACACGGCGAGAUAAAUUAAAAAAUGUUGACAGGUGCACCAGAGGAGUUCGGUAAUAUAUAUUCAUGUUUGUCUGCGGCUUAUUCAGUUCUGACAUUGCUGAGGGCUGUGAGACAGUUAUUCUGCUCGUCGCUCUCCUCCCAGCCAAUGCAUCGCCAACACAGCAGCAAUCUGCUGGGAUCGACCUGCUUCUUAAUCGCAAGCAAUCUAUUGUAAUUCCCCAUGCCCCAGUAUGCUUCUUUCCAGUUGGCCGUGAACGGGUUAGCCUCGUUGAGAUAGCUGCCAGUAUCAGGUGAGACAGCCUCAAGGUUCUUCGUCAGGGUAUUAAGUCGCUUCACGGCCUUCUGACGUUCUGGGAGAGUACUGUUCCAAGUCCAGGUUACCGUAGGAUGGAAGUGCCAAAUCGACUUGUACCAUCCUGGUGUGCCAGAGGUAGAGUUGGCUUGGUGUUUGAAGAUGGUAGGUACAUCAACGGAGCCGUACAUUCGGCCGCCAUGUGCAGCAUGAUCCUUGACGACUUCCAUGAGCUUGGCACGGCCAUCUUCCGAGUUCAUAGUCAUGCGGGAGAUGAGGCGGCUGGCUGGGAAAAGGAUGCCGCCUGCCGAAGCAAAAUAUCGUGAGAUGUACGUGUGCACAAAGUCAUGGAAAGAAGUCAUUUCUUCAAAAAAUACGGAUCCGCCCUGCGACAGGAUAAAAUCAGACACAGGCUUCAUGGACUCCUUGGCCUCGGCGAGGCUCAGUUUGGGGUUGACAUAGAUGAACUGGUUGUGCAUGAUCUGACCACCCCAGCCCAAGUCGCCCCAUCGGACAGCAUUGUCGAUCAACAGCUUCAUCGUAUCGACAAUCGGGCCACUGUCGGUCGUCGGCAGAGUCAGAUUGGCAACAAUGAGUGGGAAGUUGUCUUCCACAGCAUGCGUGCUCUCCAUGACCACACCAAAUGUGCUGCCACCACCACCGCGAAGCGCCCAGAACAAGUCUGGGUUCUGGUGAGCAUUGGCAGUGCGGUAUUUGCCGUCCGGCGUAACCACUUUGAACUGAAGAACACGGUCCAUACCGAGGCCAUAGACGGGGGAAAGUACAGAGUGCCCUCCGCCCUGCACCCAGCCGCCAGAUAUUCCCACAGUUUUGCUGUACCCGCAGAUGAUGGUGACAUUGUUUGCCUCUGCAAAGGCGUAUGCAUCGCCGCAGUUGGCACCAGCGCCAGUAGUGAUGGCCUUGACGCCUCGCUGUCUCGUAUUAUGGGAGCCUUCGGGUGUAAAUUCGGAGUGAUACUCCAGCUUCGUCAGCUUGCGCGUCCAAAUUGCCAGAGAUCCCUUCCAAGAGUUUCGCAGGGUGUAAUCAUGCCCGCUGUUCUUGACGGUGAGCUUUCGGCCGGUCGCCUUGGCGUAGUUAAAGGCAGCUUGAACAUCGGAGGGUUCCUCGACUUGCAGAUAGUGCGUAGCUACACUGCCCUGGCGACAGUCGGUGCCGUUGGCAAAAGGCUGUGGGUUGUAGGGAUUGCUGCGGUCCAAUUCGCAUUGGUCUGCCGGGUCGGCGUUGCACAUGCCGCCCUGGCCGUUCUGGUACGAUCCCGGGAUCGGCGACCGGUAUCCUAGAGAGGCGUAGUUGGCUUGUGCAAGAGCACAUGCCUUGGGAUCGGGAGUCACAGCAUUGCCAUUGUAGCUCGAGAAGCAUGGCAGGGCAAAUGGCGUGUUGGAGAAUACGCGACCGUGGACAGUCUUGUUGAGUUGCUCGAUGCUAGUGAUGGGCGCGCCGCCGCAUGACGAUGGAUCAGCGGCGAUGGUGGCUUGCGCUAUGCCGACAAGGGCGAGCAAGGCGGCAGCCGUCACUCCCUCUCGAUUGAUGUUGAAAACUGCCAUCUUUAUUCCUCAAUCAACACUGAGGAUGCUACUAUGACUGGCUUGGGAUGUAGAAAGACACAUUGUCACCCCGACACAAAGCUCAUAAAUUGUUGUCUUCAUCAUUUUUUGCCUCCAACAGAGGGGCGCGCUAGACAGUGCCGAGCAUGCUUAAUUUUCCUUCCAAGCUUGGUUACCUGGAGUAAAAUGUCCACUUUGUUUCGUUAGCGCUGUCAGCAUCACCUAUUUGGCCCCAGAUUAGCAUGAGCCCACCGCCACAGGAAUGGAUAACGGAGCAAAUUCGCAAAAAAUGCUGUAUUUGGUAACCCUGUGUCUUCACCCUAUUUCCGUGUGAGACUCGGGGUCAUUCCCGCGAGAUGGCUCUGCAAUAUCGAGAAAACGGCCGCUAGGGCUUACGGAAGGAGCCGCUAGCCCUGCUGUGCUGAUCGGAACCUCUUGGGGGGUAAUUGUACAAGAGACUUCUUUUCAUCUCAUUUAGAGCUCGGCUAUCCUUCUAGAAUAUUUUCUUAUUACCACCAAGCCAAGCCGGCUCACUAGCUGCUGGUACCAUCUGGUACGACUUGGCUGAUCGUGAGCCACGGCUUGGCAUUGCCGAAACCACGCGUCCAGGAGCCCGUUGUUCGUUUUUUCUGGGCAGCGAAUGCAUCCUUUGCAUCUGAUUACUAAAUCUUGUCCAAACCAAGCUUCCUUGUUGAACCAAGCUUCAAACAAAUACCCCCGCCAAAGAGGGGAGGUGGCCCUUGAUGGCUUCGUAUCGAUGGGCAGGUCGCGUCCAGUACCCCUCCUUUGGAACACAUGAUCGUUUGCACUAACCGACAAACCAAACAAGGUUAACCAAAUACCUGCUUAAGAUACAGAGGUUUGUCCCUCGGCAGACGACAAGAUACCAAUUGUAACCACAAAGUCGGGGUAACAUUUACCGUUUACCUGCCUAAUGGGGCAGGUCCUCCACGAUUUAUCAUGCAGAUCCCACGCAAGAUGGAACCUAAAAGUUCCUUUGCUCAUGCUUAACCAACUGUAAAUGGAUAGUCCCCUUAUCACCUAUUCGCUUGCACAGGGGCGACUAUGGCAUAAGAAGGGACGGUUUUCCCCCUCCUUAGAGUUGACGAUAAUCCUUGAUUCAUUCUCUUGUUUCAUUAGAAGUUGAAUAUACUCCAGAGAACCGUUGAAAUCAUGCAAUUCAAGACCUUGAUUGCUGCUGUUGGCCUUGCCAGCGUGGCCCAGGCUUCCCCCAAGCCCGCUGCCGACAGAGCCUACACCAUCCAGGAGGCCGAUAUUCACUACAACGUCUAUGAGCACGCUGCUACUGCGUCUCAGAUGAAGUAUGUCAACAACUCUGGCAUCUGCGAGACCACGCCCGGCGUCAACCAGUACUCCGGCUAUCUCUCCACUGGAAGCAAUCAAAACAUGUGGUUCUGGUUCUUUGAGGCCCGCAAGAACGCAAAGAAUGCUCCUCUUGCCCUCUGGCUCAACGGUGGUCCUGGUUGUAGCUCCAUGAUUGGUCUCUUCCAGGAGCACGGCCCUUGUACCUUCAACGACGGUGGCUCCAAGCCCAAGUUGAACCCCAACUCCUGGAACAAUGUUGCCAACAUGCUCUAUGUUGACCAGCCCAUCGGCACUGGUUUCAGCUACGGUACCGACGACGCCACCAACACCCAGACUGCUGCUCCUGCUGUGUGGAAGCUUCUCCAGGCUUUCUAUACCCAGUUCCCCGACUACAAGUCCCGCGACUUUGGUCUCUUCACUGAGUCGUACGGUGGCCACUACGGUCCUCAGUUUGCCUACUACUUUGAGCAGCAGAAUGCUGCCAUCGAUGCCGGCACCAUCACUGGUAGCAAGAUCAACCUGGUUGCUCUGGGUAUUAACAACGGAUGGAUUGACCCUGUCAACCAGUACAAUGCAUACGUCGAGUUCGGUCUCCAGAACAAGUACCGCCCUCUCAUUGACCAGGACACCGCCGACAGACUCACUCAGGACUGGAAGAACACUUGCAUUCCCGCCAUGAAGAGCUGCACUGACACCCCCGGAAGCACCUCUGACAGAGCCUGCUCUAACGGUGACUCCAAGUGCCGACAGGUUACUGAGUGGCAGCUCGAGGGCAGCUGGGACGUCUACGACAUCCGUGCUGACUCUGACUCCUACCCCCCUAGCACCUAUGUCAACUACCUCAACUCUGCCGCUGUCAAGAAGGCCAUUGGUGCUCAGGGAGACUACUCUGAGUGCGGUGGUAGCAGAAUUGGCUCUGCUGAUAGCGGCCGAUCUUUCCUCCGCACCCUCGGCAAGGUUGUCGACUCUGGUGUCAAUACUCUCAUCUGGGCCGGUGAUGCUGACUGGAUCUGCAACUGGAUUGGUAACCUUGAGGCUGCCAACGCUAUUGGUGGAUCUACCUUUGCUGGCAAGAGCGUCCAGCCCUUCACCGUCAACGGAAAGCAGUACGGCGAGUACAAGACCAACAAGAACCUCAACUGGCUCCGCGUCUAUGAGGCUGGUCACGAGGUCCCCGCCUACCAGCCUGAGGCUGCCCUUGCUGCCUUCACUGCCAUCAUCAACAAGAAGCCCUUGACUUCUUCUUAAAAAGAUGCAUACGCACCGAUGCUUUUGCAUCCAUUGCUCGUACAUAUCAUGCAGUGGCCAGUAUACAUAACGUACAUUUAGCUACAACAGCGGAGCACACUGUCCGCAGUACAUAGUACAUAUAGUACAAAAAUAGCUUGCUUUCGCCAACAUGCUUAUUCUGUAGCUGGUUGUAUCUUGAUGAAUGACACUAGUCGUCCUGUGAUUAUUUCACCACUCGGAUUGAUUCUCAUCAUGUCUACGUAGGAGAACAUCAUGUAUACUCAAGAGAAUACCAUGUAAGGGGUAGCUCGUGGCGACGCUCGUACAUACUCAACAGACCGAUUCGUGGUGGCACACUUGUCAUGUCUGGUGUAUAGCGGCCUAAUUUGUGGUCCUUGCAUAUGAAUCGUCCGUAAAUGCACUCACACCCUUUGCACCCAUCAAAGAUGCCACUUUCAAGGCUGCCGUUUUCAAAUGUAGGUAAGAUUGGCAAGCCAGCUUGCUGCCAUGGUCUUGUUCGUUCGGGUCCGCGGAGUCCAAAGUCUAUCAUGGCCUCAAAUCCAACAGCCUCCUCCUCGCUGCUGGUAUUAUUUUCUUUAAAAGGCCACUUCUUCAUCAGAUCAACCGCCUUGCGGCGCGUAUCGACAUUAUGAGCAGAUGCUGCCACUGUUCCCAAUAAAGCGCCCAGUGAUGGUGCAAACGUAAUCGGUGCGAUUUCGUGUGAGUAUGGGCGGUCGAGUGGCGUUGUUCGUGCUUGGAGAUCGCCAAUUUGGUCCACGACGGCUAUCCACUUCGCGUCAUGUUCCAUCGCGUCUUCUCUAGAGGUUUUGCCAAGAAUCUCGCUUCUGAUGUUCAUACACUGCAUAUAUAGCCUCAUCAUCUCCACUGCCUCACGAUCUCUUUGAUUUAAAUUUCGGUGUCCUUUCUCAAAUGCAUCGAGCUUGGCUUCAAAAGAGCGUAUUCUUUUCUGACGGAGAAUUUCUUCCAUGGCCUGCCCGGUGCUUGGUAGUAUUUCAGUGUCACUAAAAGCAAGGCGACGAUAAACCACUGGUAAAAUCUCAAGAUACGCCUGAGUGAUUGUCUGCAAUGCGUAAUGUUUGGGAAUUGCAACGGCCCAAGCCCUAAACUCGCGAUCUGGUGUUUUUUCAUUCCCAUCAAAGCUGCCGUCGAUGGCCAAGACAACAGAAAGUAAGUCCUCGAACCGUGCCACACCACUGUGAGUAGAAGGGUCUUCUUCACCAAACCGGACAGCUUCCAGAAAAUUGAACAAGUUUGUGUUAUGGGAAUUUUGCUGUAUUGGAUCCUCCAGCAUAGAACAUAUGCCCAGGUAUAAAAUAUUGUUGAUGAUGACCAUUUCCUUCUCCAUAUAGGUUAGGCUGUGGAGAUGGCGCGAGCCCAGCAGAUCAGCCACGUGGCGGAUGGAUUUGUUGUAAUGAGUGAGUGCGAGGAUGUAGUAGUGGUUCCGAAUAACAUUGCGCUGUAGUUGUUUUAUUCCAGAUUCACGAACUCGUGCUUUUUGCAGUCUUGCACUGUGGUGAAUAGCAGCUAUCGCCAGCGCAGAAUGCCACAAAGACGGGUGGAUUUGGGCGGCAGCCGGCACAUCUACUCUCCAAAACAGAUGAUUAAAGGAGCCACCAAGACUGGCGACAAUAAACGUUCGAAAACAUCCAAAGAGUUCUGUCUCGUACCCUACAUGCUCGGUUCCAGCAGGCUGCGAACUGGAGGACGGUUGCAAAACCAGGACUGGUGGCCGUUUCUUUGAGAGUAGUUUAGGGUAUUCGCAGUCAAACCUUGCUGAGACACAGCGUUUGCAUAUAGGCCGCUGCUCAUCGCACUUGAUACGCCGGCGUCUAAAUGAGAAAGAAGGGCAGCAUGUUAAUUAAACCGUUCAAUAAAAAAUUGGGGACUAUUGUCAGACUGGUAGACAUACCGACAAGUGAAGCAACCUGUCUUUGUCUUGGGGGCAAAGACAUUCCGCCGGCGAUUAGUACCAGCCUCCAGCUUCGCUUUGGGCUUGGGAUCACCAUUUUUCGAUGGCGACAUUAAGUUUCCAUUUUCCAGCCGAUCCAUAAUGUAUAGUAACGGAAUUCCAUUCACAGUUGCCGACGUGGUUGAGGCGUUGGAGAAUGAGCGUUGCCGGAUUGCCGAUG